UCGGGUGGAAUCUGAAGGGCGAAGGCUCGAGCAUCACGGCAGGCAAUGAGACUGUCAGUGGAAGAAAGUAGCCACGAGGGACACUUGGAGGGGGAGAGCUGCAAAUAGGGCUCUUUUUUUUUUUUUUUUUUUUUUUUCACUGCUUGAUCGGCUGUAGGGGAAAGAGAACUUCAUGAGCAAUGAUCUGUGCUGAAUGUGGAGCUUCAUCUUAAGGUCGACAGUUCGAAAUCUUUGGCAGCAAGUGAGAAGGUGGAAGGGAGUGGUACUCGCCGCGAGAUGCCAUCAGCCUCAAAACGAUAAGGAUGGAGUAUUGAGAGCGAAGGAUGUCGAGCUGAGGAAUAGACAGGAUGGUAUUCACAGAUCAGGGGGUGAUAAUGACGAUACUGAUGAUGAUGAUGAUGAUAAUAAUGAAGGUGCUAAUGAUCAUGAGGAUCAUAAUGGUGAUAAUAUGAAUCGUUCAAAUCAGAUGACUGGGGAUGGCAAUGAAGAUGGUGAUAAUGAAACGUUGGAAUCGUUGGAAUCACCUCAAAACGGUGAUGGUGGUGGUGGUGGUGGUGGUGGUGGUGAUGAUGAUGAUGAUGAUGAUGAUGAUGAUGGUCAUGAUGAUCAUCAUGAUGAUGGUGAUGAUGAUCAUCAUGAUGAGGAUGAUGAUGAUGGAGAUUAUGGUGAUAUGAACCGUUUGAAUCAGAAGACUGGGGUUGAAGAAAGGGAAGAUGAUAACGCAGGUCUGGGCGGUACAGUCUAUUGGGAUACGAAGAGAAGUGAAGACAGGAGAGUGGAUUUCAAAGCUUCCAACGACACGAAAGGCAGUGAGCAGAAGGAGAGUGAAGACAACAGUGUUGAAAAAACUCGUGACUGGCAGUGGAGGAGACGGGAUUGGCGAAUUCCGUGGUGCAGAGAGAGAACGCUCUGAGUGUCUCUGUAUGUGUGCGUUCGUGUGUGUGUGUGUGUGUGUGUGUGUGUGUGUGUGUGUGUGUGUGUGUGUGUGAGAGAGAGAGAGAGAGAGAGANGAGAGAGAGAGAGAGAGAGAGAGAGAGAGAGAGAGAGAGAGAGAGAGAGAGAGAGAGAGAGAGAGAUCAUUGAAUCAUCAUUUGAAUCAUUGAACAUCAUUGAACAGAGGGAUCAUUGAACCUUCGCUGAGGGGUUUCAGAUCUCCAUGAAAGUGUUAUUGACAGAAGCAAGGUAGUUGCCAAGAGGAUAG